CUGGUUUAACAGAAUUCCAUGCUGCUCCUCGGAGGAGUUUCCAGGUCAGAAAGUGAAAAUGUUUAUGAAGUCUCAGCGCCAUUUUAUAGACCAGAAAACAUGAAGUUUUUUAUUCCACAAAACAUCGACUGCUGACUAAAGUGUAACCCAGGUAAAGAGACCAGACUCACCAUUACCCAGCUGUGUCUCCAUGAAGAGUGAUGAGUCUAUGGAUCAUCCUGUUAAAUUCAAAGAUGGAGAGCCUCCACCUGAACAAAGUGUAACCCAGGUAAAGAGACCAGACUCACCAUUACCCAGCUGUGUCUCCAUGAAGAGUGAUGAGUCUAUGGAUCCUCCUCUUGUAUUUAAAGGUGGAACGCCCUCACCUGGUGACAGUGUAACCCAGAUAAAGAGACCAGACUCACCAUUACCCAGCUGUGUCUCCAUGAAGAGUCGUGAGUCUAUGGAUCCUCCUCUUGUAUUUAAAGGUGGCACGCCCUCACCUGGUGACAGUGUAACCCAGGUAAAGAGACCAGACUCACCAUUACCCAGCUGUGUCUCCAUGAAGAGUGAUGAGUCUAUGGAUCAUCCUCUUAAAUUCAAAGAUGGAGAGCCUCCACCUGAACAAAGUGUAACCCAGGUAAAGAGACCAGACUCACCAUUACCCAGCUGUGUCUCCAUGAAGAGUGAUGAGUCUAUGGAUCCUCCUCUUGUAUUUAAAGGUGGAACGCCCUCACCUGGUGACAGUGUAACCCAGAUAAAGAGACCAGACUCACCAUUACCCAGCUGUGUCUCCAUGAAGAGUCGUGAGUCUAUGGAUCCUCCUCUUGUAUUUAAAGGUGGCACGCCCUCACCUGGUGACAGUGUUCUGCAGAGGGUUGGAAACAGAAAGGAGAAGAAGAUCAUCACAGAUCCAGGGUGUGAACCUUCAUCUGCUGGAACUGAUGUUCAGGAAAAAUGCAAAUUAAAUCUGAUAAAGAAGUUACAGCAUGUAAAUCAGGUGAUAACAAACCAGGGAAACCCAACACUUCUCAAUGAGAUCUACACAGAGCUCUACAUCACAGAAGGAGACAGUGGAAAAGUCAAUAAUGAACAUGAGGUGAGACAGAUCGAGGCAGCAUCCAGGAGAGCAGCAACAGAGGAAACACCAAUCAAAUGCAAUGACAUCUUUAAACCUUUAUCUGAAGAAGACAAACCCAUCAGGAGCGUUCUGACAAAGGGAGUCGCUGGCAUUGGAAAAACAGUCUCUGUGCAGAAAUUCAUUCUAGACUGGGCUGAAGGGAAAACAAAUCAGGAUGUUCAUCUCAUAUUUCCACUUCCUUUCAGAGAGCUCAAUCUGAUGAAGGACCAAAAACUGAGUCUGAUGGAGCUUCUUCAUUUCUUUUUUAAGGAGAUGAAAGAAACAAACCUUUCCGGCCUGUACAAAGUUCUGUUCAUUUUUGAUGGUUUGGAUGAGUGUCGUUUCCCUCUGGAUUUCCAGAACACAGUGAGAGUGUGUGAUGGAACUGAAUCAGCAUCAGUGAAUGUGCUGCUGAUAAACCUGAUCAAAGGGAAUCUGCUUCCCUCUGCUCUCAUCUGGAUCACCUCCCGACCUGCAGCAGCUGAUCAAAUCCCCUCUGAGUGGAUUAAUCGAGUCACAGAGGUACGAGGGUUCAAUGACCCACAGAAGGAGGAAUAUUUCAGGAAGAGGAUCAAAGAUCAGAGUCUGAGCAACAGAAUCAUCACACACCUGAAGUCAUUAAGAAGCCUCUACAUCAUGUGCCACAUCCCAGUCUUCUGCUGGAUUUCAGCCACUGUUCUAGAGAGAAUGUUGGGUGAAGCAGAGAGUGGAGAGAUCCCCAAGACUCUGACUCAAAUGUACACACACUUCCUCAUCAUUCAGACAAACAUCAUCAAGAAAAAGUACACAGAGAGCAGAGAGGCAGAUAAAGAAAUGGUUCUGAAACUGGGUAAACUGGCUUUCAGGCAGCUGAUGAAAGGAAACCUGAUCUUCUAUGAGGAAGACCUGAGAGAGUGUGGCAUUGGUGUGAGAGAAGCAGCAGUGUACUCAGGUGUGUGUACUCAGAUCUUCAGAGAGGAGUUUGGACUUCACCAGAGUAAAGUGUACUGCUUUGUUCAUCUGAGCGUUCAGGAGCACCUCGCAGCUCUGUAUGUGCAUCUGAAAUUCAUGAAUAAAAAGAGAAAUGUUCUUCAGCAGAGUUUGUUGUCUAAAAUGCAGGUACUGCUGAAAGAAAAUCCAGUCUCAGAUGUACACAAGAGUGCUGUAGAUCAGGCUUUAGAGAGUGAAAAUGGACAUCUGGAUCUUUUCCUUCGCUUUCUUCUGGGUCUCUCACUGGAGUCCAAUCAGAUCCUCUUACAAACCAUCAUGAAACCCAGAAGAAGAAGCUCCCACAGUAACCAGGAAACAGUUCAUUACAUCAAGAAGAAGAUCAGAGAGAAUCCCUCAACAGAGAAAUCCAUCAAUCUGCUCCACUGUCUGAAUGAGCUGGGAGAUCAUUCUCUAGUGGAGGAAAUCCAACACUACCUGAAGUCUGGAAAUUUACAACAAAUUGAACUCUCUCCAUCUCAGUGGUCAGCUGUGGUGUUUGUGUUACUGACCUCAGUGCAGAAACAGGAUGUGUUUGUAUUGAAUAAAUACAUUACCAAACACUGUACAUCAGACCAGGUUCUUUUGAAGCUCCUGCCUGUGGUUGCAACUUUCAGAAAAGCUGAGUUUAAUAAUUGUGGCCUAAAUGAGGAAAGUUGUGUAGUUUUGGUCUCAGUGCUCAGCUCUGAAUCCUCCAAUCUGAGAGAACUGGAUCUGUCUAGGAAUAAAAUCAGAGACUCAGGAGUGAAGUGUCUCUCUGCUGGACUGGAGAAUCCUCACUGUAAACUGGAGACACUGGGGUUGUCUGGUUGUGAAAUCUCAGAUGAAGGCUGUGCUGCUCUGACUUCAGCUCUGAGAUCAAACCCCUCACACCUGAGAGAACUGGAUCUGUCUUGGAAUAAACUCAGAGACUCAGGAGUGAAGUGUCUCUCUGCUGUACUGGAGAAUCCUCACUGUAAACUGGAGACACUGAGGUUGUCUGGUUGUGAAAUCUCAGAUGAAGGCUGUGCUGCUCUGACUUCAGCUCUGAGAUCAAACCCCUCACACCUGAGAGAACUGGAUCUGUCUGGGAAUAAACUCAGAGACUCAGGAGUGAAGUGUCUCUCUGCUGUACUGGAGAAUCCUCACUGUAAACUGGAGACACUGAGGUUGUCUGGUUGUGAAAUCUCAGAUGAAGGCUGUGCUGCUCUGACUUCAGCUCUGAGAUCAAACCCCUCACACCUGAGAGAACUGGAUCUGUCUGGGAAUAAACUCAGAGACUCAGGAGUGAAGUGUCUCUCUGCUGUACUGGAGAAUCUUCACUGUAACCUGGAGACACUGAGGUUGCGUGGUUGUGAAAUCUCAGGUGAAGACUGUGCUGCUCUGACUUCAGCUCUGAGAUCAAACCCCUCACACCUGAGAGAACUGGAUCUGUCUAGGAAUAAACUCAGAGAUUUAGGAGUAAUGUGUCUCUCUGCUGUACUGAAGAAUCCUCACUGUAAACUGGAGACACUGAGGUUGUCUGGUUGUGAAAUCUCAGGUGAAGACUGUGCUGCUCUGACUUCAGCUCUGAGAUCAAACCCCUCACACCUGAGAGAACUGGAUCUGUCUUGGAAUAAACUCAGAGACUCAGGAGUAAUGUGUCUUUCUGAUCUACUGGAGAAUUCUUACUGUAAACUGGAGACACUGAGGUUGCGUUAUUGUGAAAUCUCAGAUGAAGGCUGUGCUGCUCUGACUUCAGCUCUGAUAUCAAACCCCUCACACCUGAGAGAACUGGAUCUGUCUAGGAAUAAACUCAGAGACUCAGACAAGAAUCUGCUCUUCAGUCUUAAACUACAGAACCUGAGGUUGUGAAGAAUUUUCAUCUAAACCAGUUUGGCUGUUUUUCUCUGAUCUCAUCAACAAGGAGUUUCCACACACAGAACCGUGUCUCAUUCAGUGUGUGUUUUUAUGUUUUCGCACUGUUCUGUGUAAACUCUGUGUGUGAAAUACCCAGAAGAUCAGCAGCUUCUGAAAAGCUCAUCUGGCAGCAAAAACCAUGCCAUGGUUAAAGUCAGAGAGAUCCGACUUUUUGUCCCCAGUGUAUUAAAUAUUACCGUUAGUUGGAUUAGUUCAGCAUGCAAAAGAAGCCUGUGUGCUGGAAUGUCGAUAUACUGCAAUCAGUAUCAUAGAACAUUUGUAUUGAUAGCCUGCAAGUUCUGGUUAAAAGGGCAGGAGCAGUAGCACUACGGUUUGCAUUAGAUGUAGUUUAAUAGUUUAGUAUAGUAUAGUAUAUUUAUAGUGUAGUCUGAUACAGCCCUGAAACAGGAGUACAGUGCUAUAAUACAGGUUCCAGUUAAAUGUAUGAAAGACGAAAUAGUUUACUUUCACAUGAAUAUAAAAAAUACUCAAUACACUGUUUGUUUGUUCACAUUUUACAUCAAUAAAAAUAGAUGAAUUUAUAGUUUUUUUGUUACAUAUCAACCUUCCGGCUCACAACCUUCUUUUGCAUGCUGAAGACAAACGGCAAUAUUUUAAACGCUGAGGACAUCUAGUGGACACAAUCAUUACUGCAGUCUCUAGUUUAGUUACAGAAUGUGACGCGGAAGUCCACCUAUUUGUGCAGGUUGUAUGUUUUCCCCCCAGUACAUUAUGUAUCGGAAAACAUGAAUCGGUCCAUCCAUUCUGACGUUUAUAAAAGAUUACAAUGCCUUGUGGUUAUUAGCUGUCUGUUCGGCUGGCGUUUUAAGGUGACUAGACCUAUAUUCAAAUGCGCGUUCACGCGAAGGCGGUGCUUCUCACGGCAGGUGUGGGCGUGUCUGUACAACACCGGAAAACAUGACGCUUCAGUCAAAAUGAAGUUUAUAACUCAACAGAAAAUGACUGCUGUCUGAAGUGAAAUAUGGAUCACUCGAGUCCUGAUCAACCUCCCAGAUCACCACAAUUAAGAAAAAAGAGGUUUGUUAAUUGUGACCUAAAUGAGAGAGGUUAUGCUGUUUUUGGCUCAUUUCUCAGCUCUGAAUCCUCCAAUCUGAGAGAACUGGAUCUGUUUGGGAAUAAACUUAGUGACUCCGGAGUGAAGAGUCUCUCUGCUGUACUGGAGAAUCCUCACUGUAAACUGGAGACACUGAGAGAUUCCUGGAAUACUUCACGGAGUUUCUGCUGUUCUUGUUCAGUGGGAAAACACCGUUUUAAAUUGCACACGUGGACAGUGCGGACAUCUUCCCCAGUGGCCUCCAUCGCUACUCUGUAGUUUAACGGGCCCAACUUCUCAAUCACGCGGUAAGGUCCUUUCCAUCUUGGGGCUAGUUUGGCACUAAAGUGGUAAAGUGCACUUGACUGGGGAAAAUUUCUUACCCACACACAGUCUUUCUCUUUCAAUACAAUUUCUCUUCUCUUUUUGUUGUAGCUUCUCAGUUGUCUCUCUUGAGCUUUUCUGCAACACUCUUUUGCUCUCGUCUGCAGCUGAGAUAACUGUUCAACAAGAGGUUGUAAGAGGGUGUAUCAGGGAGGAGAUUCAGGCCAUGCAGUACCUUGUCUAUUGGUCCUUGUAAUUUUCAUCCCAGGUGUAGUCCGGCUGGAGACAUUCCAAUGGUUUCCUGUACAGCUGAGUUGAUGGCAAACCUUAGCUCAGGAAGAUACUGGUCCCACUUUUGGUGGUUAUCCUCUACAUAUGCUGCAAUCAUUUGUUUUAAGGUACGGUUCACCCGUUCUGUCAUGUUGGUUUGAGGAAGAUAUGCUGUUGUUGUUUUUUGAUUUAUCCUCCAUUUUGUACAGAUCUCUUUGCAUACAGCUGAAACAAACUGUGUGCCUUGGUCAGACAGAAUGCAGUCAGGAACACCCCAUCUGGUGAGAACUUCCUUCCUGGGGAGAGAUGUGACAGUCUGUGCGGUGGCAUUCCGCAUGGGGAACAACUCAACCCAUCGCGAAAAGUAAUCUACAAAGACUAAAAGAUAUUGAUGUUGGGUGUGAAGAAUUGUCAACUGAUGCAGAAUCCAGAAAAGGUUUGUUAAUUGUGACCUAAAUGAGAGAGGUUAUGCUGUUUUUGGCUCAUUUCUCAGCUCUGAAUCCUCCAAUCUGAGAGAACUGGAUCUGUUUGGGAAUAAACUUAGUGACUCCGGAGUGAAGAGUCUCUCUGCUGUACUGGAGAAUCCUCACUGUAAACUGGAGACACUGAGAGAUUCCUGGAAUACUUCACGGAGUUUCUGCUGUUCUUGUUCAGUGGGAAAACACCGUUUUAAAUUGCACACGUGGACAGUGCGGACAUCUUCCCCAGUGGCCUCCAUCGUUACUCUGUAGUUUAACGGGCCCAACUUCUCAAUCACGCGGUAAGGUCCUUUCCAUCUUGGGGCUAGUUUGGCACUAAAGUGGUAAAGUGCACUUGACUGGGGAAAAUUUCUUACCCACACACAGUCUUUCUCUUUCAAUACAAUUUCUCUUCUCUUUUUGUUGUAGCUUCUCAGUUGUCUCUCUUGAGCUUUUCUGCAACACUCUUUUGCUCUCGUCUGCAGCUGAGAUAACUGUUCAACAAGAGGUUGUAAGAGGGUGUAUCAGGGAGGAGAUUCAGGCCAUGCAGUACCUUGUCUAUUGGUCCUUGUACAGCUGAGUUGAUGGCAAACCUUAGCUCAGGAAGAUACUGGUCCCACUUUUGGUGGUUAUCCUCUACAUAUGCUGCAAUCAUUUGUUUUAAGGUACGGUUCACCCGUUCUGUCAUGUUGGUUUGAGGAAGAUAUGCUGUUGUUGUUUUUUGAUUUAUCCUCCAUUUUGUACAGAUCUCUUUGCAUACAGCUGAAACAAACUGUGUGCCUUGGUCAGACAGAAUGCAGUCAGGAACACCCCAUCUGGUGAGAACUUCCUUCCUGGGGAGAGAUGUGACAGUCUGUGCGGUGGCAUUCCGCAUGGGGAACAACUCAACCCAUCGCGAAAAGUAAUCUACAAAGACUAAAAGAUAUUGAUGUUGGGUGUGAAGAAUUGUCAACUGAUGCAGAAUCCAGAAAAGGUAUUUCUAAUGAAAUGUAUUUGACUCUGUUUCCUGGACACUUUUCCUCACAUUGGGGAAUAAAGAACAUCUUGCUCAUUUUGCAGUCAUUUGCCCUCUGGCACCUUAUCCAUAUGAUAUGGGUCUAAGCACUUACUUAAAAUCACAUUUCACAAUUCCACAUUUAUACCUAACUGAACCUAUAGAUCUGGUAAAGACCCUCAGGAGGGAGUUCUUGUUUUCCCAGUAUAUUUCUCAUUUUUGUUCUAAGCUAUCUGACUUUACUGAUAUUCAAACUAGUGGUGAGUAGAUGAACUGAUGGCAUAAACCAAGGUAGCUAAAGUCAUCUCAUUGAAGCUGGUCCCAAGUAAUGUGUGAAGUUCUCCAAGGUUUUCCAAAUUAAUGUGGCAGUAACAUGCCACCAGUUCUAAAUAAAGUGUCCCAAACCCUGACCUCAAGUCUGAUGAUACAUUCACAAGGUGUCUCAUUAUCCUUUAUUUCUGUCAUAUAUACAUUACAGUGGUAAAAAUUUUUCUUUCCAUAUCCCAGCUUUGGAAGAGGUCAGUGCACAGGGUCAGCCAUGAUAUAGCCCCCUCUAGCAGAGAGGGUUGAAGGUCAAGAGUCAAGAAGCUUUUAUUGUCAUUUAAACUAUAUAAAGCUGAUGAAAUACAUAGUGAAAUGGAACAAUGUUCCUCCAGGACCCUGGUGCUACAUAAAGCAACACAGAGCUAAGGACUAAAGAGUAAGUUGGUCUCAGCCACAAAAGUGCAUAGUGUGCAACCUAGUACAAGAUUAAAGACAGUGCAGACAGACAAUACAUGGGUCUUGCUCAUGGGCCCAACGGUGGCUGCUUUGCUUAAAACUCAAAUCCCCAUGGAGGCCACCAUCUUGUUCACUGGGAAAACCUUUUCAUGGCCCUAGCCCGAGACAGCAGUACCUCCUCACAUGCCUGUGAUCCUUUGGUGUAUGAGAGUCCAGAUCUAUUCAAGAUGUUUGGUACCAUAGUCCUAAUUGUAUGUGGAUCUGAGGCCAAAUAGAUCACUCUUCUUACCUUUUCGUCUCAUGUUCCUCAAUCCACUUUCCAUUUUAAGGGUGUAGUCCAUCAGUCUCACACAUGCCUGCUGUCUGCCACUGGCUCUGACCCCAACCACCAUUAUGCAGGUUGAGUCCUCAGGAUGACUCCAUUUCAGUCUGAACUUUACCAGGUUAUGCUGAAUGCCCAGUUAUCAAAUGCUCUCCUGAGAGGAGUUGGGGAAUUGGGUCCAUGAAGUCAUUAGAA